AUGGCGGGGUUACCAAAAAAUACUAGAAAAGGUUCAAUCGCUGGAGAAAGUACUGUCAGAUCUUCUCACACUGGUCAACGAUCAGGAAGCCUUUCCUCUUCUCAAGAGACUCAUUCUUUGGGAAGUCAAAGUUUCUCUAAGAUUUACCGCCCUAGUGGAGUUCCAAGUGUGCAGAGUUUCAAAGGAAGAAAGGCUCAAUAUGAAAGAUCAAGAGAAGGUCGAAGAGCAAAAAUUAAUGCUUUAUAUAGAUACAUWUUUGAAGCUCUCGGUGCCAUGGUAGGGUUAGACGUAUCAGCUGUGGAAGAACUGAUAUUGGAUGUCCCUUCGUUGGAUGCUUUUGAUUCAUUUUUUGCCAAGGGAGGAAAAAAGUCAUUGAAAAUUUUCUAUCAAGAAGGAGAGGCACGAGGAGUAGAGUGUGGUCGGAUAAUUCCAAGUGUUGAAAAAGGAAGUCAAAUGAUGCAAUUUUACGUGGAGAAGACACCAGACAAAGUCAUAGGACUAUGCUUAUUUUUUGUUCGCUUUAAGAAUGACACCUUCAUAAAUGACAAAACUAUACAUGAGGAAAUUUUCUUUGGUGCUUUGGAUGCCUCUAAUGGACUCCUACCUGGUGUUAAGAAUUUAAUAGAAAGGGUUUACAUUCCUGCUAUCCUCGCAACAAGUAAUUGGGGUUCUUUGGGUGAGAGCAAAGAGGAUACAAAAGAAAAACAGAAUUUUGUGGAAACAAUUAACAAAUACGUUUCAUUUUUAGGAGGUGCUGCAGCAAGUAUUGAAGGAACGGUUGAGUUGGAAAAAGUAGAUUACAUUAAUUUUUCUGAACUCCAGACCUUUGAUAAAAUAACUGCAGCUGCUGACAAUUAUGACAUGGUUCACCAGCUAGAGGAAGUACUCAUGACAUGGUAUAGACAAAUUGAACACGUUCUGAUUGAGAGCAAGCAGCUAAAGAGAGAACCUAAGGAUUCAGGUCCACUGAAUGAACUGGAGAACUGGAAAUAUACAUCUGCUAAAUUGAACUUUAUUAUCGAACAGAUCAAAGGACCAAACUGUAAAGCUGUUAUUAGUGUUCUGAAAGUUGCACACUCUAAAAUACUAAAAACAUGGCAAGAAUUAGAUGGCAGAAUCACAGAUGCAGCAAAUGAAUCGAAGGAUAAYGUGAAAUACCUAAACAAACUUGAAAAAGUUUGUCAGCCACUUUAUACUACAGAUGUUGUAUUAAUGACACAAGGAAUACCACACUUGAUAAAGGCUGUACAAAUGAUUUACCGUGUUUCAAAAUAUUACAACACUUCUGAGAGAAUUACAUCUUUGCUUAUAAAGGUUACAAAUCAAAUGGUCACAACAUGUAAAGCAUAUAUUACAGAUGCUGGCUUGAAUGGAGUCUGGGAGCAGGAGACAUCAAUAGUCAUUGGAAAAAUUAAGGAAUGYAUAUGUCUGUUGAAAGAAUAUCAGAAAUGCUUUCAUGAAGUUUCAGAAAGUGAAGGAGAAAAGCCAAUUGAAGUAUCAGAAAUGUACAUUUUUGGAAAAUCUGAAGCUUUUUGUAGGAGGUUAGAAAAAAUAAUGGAGAUGAUAGCUGUAGAACAGAAUUUUAAUGCACUGACUAUGUGUGCAAUUGAAGGAGUAGAUCUCUUGGCAGUAAAAUUCAAAAAUAUCUACCACAUUUUUCAAAAGAAACCUUAUGAUGCCCUUGAUCCGCAUGUAACAGAAUUUGAUACRGAUUUUGUGAAAUUCAUGACAGAAGUUGAACGUUUAGAGGCACAGCUACAGACUUUUAUGCGUAACUGUUUCCGGAAAAUUUUGUCUGCACAGAAAUCACUUCAAUUACUUCAAAGGUUUCAAAGUCUUAAUAUGCCAUGCCUUCAAGAAGAAACAGUCCGUACAAUUGGUUCUAUUCUUCAACAUUAUGUAUCAGAACUCGAAGCAACUAAAAAGAUUUACCAGACUCAGAAGGAUGACCCUCCUCUUGCUCGGAACAUGCCACCUGUUGCAGGAAGGAUAUUGUGGGUGAGACAGCUGUUCAGAAGGAUAAAUGAACCUAUCAGCUAUUUCCAUAAACAUUCGGAUAUCUUGGCAAGUCCAGAAGGUAAAGCAGUUGUUCAAUCAUACAACAAACUUGCCUAUGUAUUGGUGGAGUUCGAGGUAGUCUAUCAUAAUGCAUGGGUGAAGGAAAUGUCACAAUUACAGUAUCCCUUACAAUCCACGAUAUUUGUGCGUCAUCCUAAAACGGAGAAGUUYCUGGUAAAUUUUGAUCCCCACAUUCUGGAGAUUGUGCGAGAGACCAAAUGUAUGCUAAAGCUGGGUCUGGAMGUACCAGAGCAAGCAGUCAAGAUAGCAAUAAUAGAAGAUAAACUGAAGGCAAACAAAACACAGUUAGAGGGUAUUGUCCAGGCUUAUGAAGAUUUGCGUAAAGAAACACCGAACAUUUUUGUAAAUCUAAUGACACCAAAAAUGAAAAGGAUGGAAGGUGUGUUGAGGCAAGGACUUACUAUGUUGACUUGGGCAUCUGUGACACUGGAAACUUUCUUUCAAGAAGCUGAUGAAGUUCUGCAUGUAUAUAGACAGCUUUUGAGAAAGGUUAUUAUUUUAAGUGAAGUGCAGAUUGGUUCAAUAUUAAAAGAAAUAUCAACUACUUCUUUAAUUAGCUUACCAGUAGAUGCUCCUAUCGAAAUAGAGGAUCUGUUGAUUGACAAUGAGGAUUAUACUAAAGAAUGUGCUGAGUCAUUGAACAUCAAAAGCAUGCACAUUGAAGAUGCUGUUCAAGAACUAAUAAAUAUAUUUGAAAAGAAUUAUGAAUUUCCACCUUCUAGGCCCGCAGAGACACCAGAAUGGAACUGUAGGGACUUACUGUCCUAUUUCAGUCGCCGACUGCUGAUCAGCCUCCAGAAAGCGACCCGAAUGUCUUUGGAUCGUAUUAAAAGAAGAAUGAGUGUCACAGCCAAAUCUGAGGACAUCGCUCCUUUUCUAAAAGCAGAAGUACACCUUGAGAUUCCCAAUCUGGUAAUCGUUCCCAGUUUGGAAGAAAUACAGCAUGCCAUCAAUCGCAUGAUUCACUUAACACUGGAAGUAAGUCGUGGAGUUGCUCAGUGGGGACAGAGACAUUUGCAAAAAUCUAUUUUAAAACCAGAAUCGGGCACGCAGCAAGCUUCUGCAGGCAUUUCAUCACAAGGAAAAAAAGGCAAAAGAGUGGAAAGAGCUGAUGAAAGGGUUGUCAAAAAGCUGAAGAAUUUUUAUGCAGGUGUUGCAGAAAAUGAAGCUAUUACCAAAAUAAUUGUUAUCCUCUCUUCUGCUGGGAGUGCUCUAGAAGAAGUAGCUAGUGAAGCUCUGCAGGAGUUUGAUAAAUAUAAGGUGUUGUGGACAGAAGAUAAAGAUGCCAUAUUUCAGGAAUUUUUUGCUACUGAUCCCUCCCUGUCUGAAAUUAAAGAAGAAAUACUUCACUAUGAUACGUUUGAGCAAGAGAUGAAAAAUUUAAAACCUGUUAUUCUUCUUGGUCCAAUUGAAUUGCACACAGGACCACUGAAAAACGCUUUAACAAUUGAAGCCAAUUCCUGGAAGAUGGUYCUUUGUCAAUAUUUAAAUGAAGAAUAUAAGAAGAAAUUGCUAGACAUGGUGUCKUUCAUGAAUGAAUACCUACAGCGAUUGUCUCGACCUCUGACUGACUUAGAUGACGUCAGAUUAGCAAUGGAAGCUUUAGCUCUCAUUCAAGAUAAGAGAACAGAAAUAGAUUUUACUAUGGGACCUAUUGAAGAAGCCUAUGGCAUUUUAAAUGCAUUUCAAGUGGAAAUUACAAAAGAGGAAUCAGAAGGUGUUGAUUCAAUGAGAUAUGCUUUUAGUAAAUUAAAAGCCCAAGCUAUUGUAGUUCAAGAUGAGUUGGUUGAAGUUCAGCCCAAAUUUAAGAGUGAGUUGCUAGAAGCAGUUGAGGUUUUUCGGGAGGAAGUAUCAAAUUUUGAAACAGCGUAUGAAACGGAAGGGCCUAUGGUUCCAAGUAUUCCACCUCAAGAAGCCAGUAGGAGGCUGCAGGUCUUUCAGGCUUACUUUGAUGAUAUGUGGAGAAAGUACAUCACGUACUCGUCUGGUGAACGGUUGUUUGGAUUGCCUGUCACAGACUAUGACAUUUUGCAUAAAGUCAGGAAGGAGUUGGGCUUGCUUCAGAAGUUGUAUGGAUUAUAUGAUACUGUAAUAGGCACUAUCAACGGCUAUAAUGACAUACUUUGGGCAGACAUAGAUACUGACAAAAUUAAUACUGAACUUUUGGAAUUUCAAGGCAGGUGCCGUAGACUACCUAAAGGUCUCCACCACUGGCAAGCAUUUUCAGAUCUCAAGAAAAGAAUUGAGGAUUUUAUUGAGAUUUGUUCUGUGCUGGAAAUGAUGUGUGACAAAGCAAUGAAGCAAAGACACUGGGAUCGUAUUGCUGAAACAGUAGGACGACAAUUUGAUAUAGAAUCUGAAACCUUUUGCCUUCGAGACAUCUUGGAAGCACCARUUCUUGCAAAUAAAGAAGAUAUUGAGGAUAUAUGCAUAUCUGCUAUGAAGGAAAAGGAUAUAGAAGCCAAACUAUCUCAAGUAGCUGAAACGUGGGGAGUCCAAAAUCUGAGCUUUGCACAGUUCAAAACAAGAGGAGAGUUACUGUUAMGGGGAAAUGAAUCAGCAGACAUUAUGAUAUUGAUGGAGGACAGUUUAAUGAUUCUUGACUCUUUACUGUCCAAUAGGUACAAUACGGCAUUUAAAAAGCAAAUUCAGAGCUGGGUUUAUAAACUAAGCAACUCUUCACGCAUAAUAGAAGAAUGGCUUGUUGUGCAGAACCUCUGGAUUUAUCUUGAAGCUGUUUUUGUAGCGGGGGAUAUUGCAAAAGAGUUACCCCAGGAAGCAAAGCGUUUUCAGAAUAUUGACAAAUCAUGGGUAAAAAUAAUGCAACGAGCUCAUGAAAACCCAAACGUAGUUGCCUGCUGUGUUGGAGAUGAUACKAUGGAGCAGCUUCUCCCUCAUUUACAUGAACAGUUGGAAGUAUGUCAGAAAUCACUUACAGGAUAUUUAGAGAAGAAAAGACUGCUGUUUCCAAGAUUCUUUUUCAUUUCUGAUCCUGCACUUGUUGAAAUUCUUGGACAAGCAAGUGAUUCUCAUACAAUCCAGCCACAUCUGACUUCCAUAUCUGACAACAUAAAUGAAGUAGAGUUUCACCAAAAGGAUUAUGAUCGCAUAUUGGCAGUCAUAUCAAGAGAAGGAGAAAAAGUUCAAUUGGACACUCCAGUGCUUGCAAAAGGACCAGUAGAACUUUGGUUGAAGAUUUUAUUGCAAGUGCAGCAGAAGUCAUUGCAUGGCAUAAUUAGGGCAGCUUUUUACCACUUAAGUGACCCAGGAUAUCAGUUGCUGACUUUUCUUAAUCAAUUUCCAGCACAGGUUGGAUUACUGGGAAUUCAGAUAUUGUGGACACGUGAUGGAGAAGAAGCUCUACGCAAUGCUCUGGAUGACAAAAAAAUUAUGGAUAUAACCAAUGCCAGAUUUCUGGAUAUUCUGAAUACAUUGAUUGGCCAGACCACACAGGAUCUUUCCAAAUUUGAGAGAGUGAAAUUUGAAACACUUAUUACCAUUCAUGUGCAUCAGCGUGAUAUUUUUGAUGAUUUGGUAAAAAUGAACAUCAGGACACCAACUGAUUUUGAGUGGUUAAAGCAGUCUAGAUUCUACUAUAAAGAGGAUUAUGACCACGUCAUUGUAUCAAUUACAGAUGUUGAUUUUAUUUACCAAAAUGAAUUUCUAGGUUGCACUGAUCGUCUGGUUAUAACACCUCUUACCGACAGGUGCUAUAUAACUUUAGCACAAGCUUUGGGAAUGAACAUGGGAGGAGCUCCAGCAGGACCAGCUGGAACYGGYAAAACAGAAACAACGAAAGAYAUGGGAAAGGCUCUGGGWAAAUAYGUAGUAGUCUUUAACUGCUCUGAUCAGAUGGACUUCAGAGGCUUGGGCAGGAUUUUCAAAGGUCUUGCACARUCUGGAUCUUGGGGAUGUUUUGAUGAAUUCAACCGAAUUGAGUUGCCGGUCUUGUCAGUAGCAGCRCAACAAAUCUAUAUUAUUUUAACAGCAAGAAAAGAAAAAAAAAAGCAGUUCAUUUUUGCUGAUGGAGACUGUGUAGAUUUAAAUCCAGARUUUGGAAUUUUCCUAACUAUGAAUCCUGGAUAUGCUGGACGUCAAGAACUACCAGAAAAUCUCAAAGUUCAGUUUAGAUCUGUUGCAAUGAUGGUUCCAGAUAGACAGAUAAUUAUAAGGGUUAAACUUGCAAGUUAUGGAUUUAUUGAUAAUGUGGUCUUGGCUAAGAAGUUCUUUGUUCUUUAUAAACUUUGUGAGGAGCAGCUUACUAAGCAGGUCCAUUAUGACUUUGGUCUGAGGAAUAUCCUUUCAGUACUGAGGACUCUUGGAACUCAAAAGAGAGCCAGGCCAACUGAAGGCGAAUUAAGUAUUGUUAUGAGAGGGUUAAGAGAUAUGAAUCUUUCUAAGCUGAUAGAUGAAGAUGAGCCUUUGUUUCUCAGUCUGAUCAAUGAUCUCUUCCCGGGGUUGCACUUGGACAGUAGUACCUAUGAUGUGCUUCAGACUGCGGUAGGUCAUCAGGUUGAAGAGGCAGGAUUGGUUAACCAUCCACCAUGGAACCUUAAGCUUGUUCAGCUGUAUGAAACUUCUCUAGUACGUCAUGGGUUGAUGACACUUGGACCUAGUGGAUCUGGAAAAACAAUGGUCAUAACUAUAUUAAUGAAAGCACUCACAGAAUGUGGCCAACCUCAUAAGGAAAUGCGGAUGAACCCCAAAGCUAUUACUGCUCCUCAAAUGUUUGGAAAACUAGAUGCUGCAACUAAUGACUGGACAGAUGGAAUCUUUUCUACUCUGUGGAGGAAAACACUGAAAACCAAAAAGGGUGAAAAUGUGUUUCUGAUUUUAGAUGGUCCUGUAGAUGCAAUCUGGAUUGAGAAUUUAAAUUCAGUUUUGGAUGAUAACAAGACCCUCACUCUAGCAAAUGGAGAUCGAAUUCCUAUGGCUGCUUCAUGUAAACUGUUAUUUGAGGUCCACAACAUUGAGAAUGCCUCUCCAGCAACAGUUUCUCGAAUGGGUAUGGUCUUCAUCAGUUCUUCUGUCCUCAGCUGGAGACCAAUAUUGCAAGCCUGGCUGAAAAAACGUUCUCCUCAAGAAGCUGAACUUUUGCAAAGUCUGUAUGAUAGAAUCUUUGAACCAGCAUAUACAUAUAUGAAACUAAACCUUAACCCGAAAAUGGAGCUUCUGGAAUGUAACUACAUUAUGCAGUCUAUUAAUCUUCUGGAGGGCUUGAUUCCAACGAAAGAAGAACGUGGUGUAUCAGCUGCACAUCAUCUGCAUAAAUUGUUCAACUUUGCAAUAAUGUGGAGUUUAGGUGCCCUUCUGGAGCUGGACAGUAGAGAUAAACUUGAAGCCUUCAUUAGACARCACGAUAAUAAAUUAGACUUACCAAAAAUACCUGCUGGCAGCAGUCAUACGAUGUAUGAGUUUUAUGUUAGUGAUAAUGGUGAGUGGGAGCAUUGGAGUAAAAGAGUUCAGGAAUUUGUUUAUCCAACAGAUCAUGUUCCAGACUAUGCAUCUAUUCUGGUUCCAAAUGUUGAUAAUACCAGAACACAGUUUUUGAUAGACRUAAUUGCAAAACAAAGGAAAGCUGUUUUGCUCAUAGGAGAACAGGGGACUGCAAAGACAGUCAUGAUUAAGGCAUAUAUGAAGAAAUAUGACCCAGAAGAGCAUUUGUCAAAAAGCCUAAACUUUUCAUCUGCCACAGAACCAUUUAUGUUUCAGAGGACAAUAGAGAGUUAUGUGGACAAACGUGUUGGAAGUACUUAUGGACCUCCUGGGGGCAGAAAGAUGACAGUUUUUAUUGAUGAUAUCAAUAUGCCAUUUAUCAAUGAAUGGGGAGAUCAGAUAACAAAUGAAAUUGUCCGUCAAAUGAUGGAAAUGAGAGGAAUGUACAGCUUGGAUAAGCCUGGAGACUUCAUUACAAUUGUAGAUGUACAAAUAAUAGCAGCGAUGAUACAUCCUGGAGGAGGCCGUAAUGAUAUUCCCCAGCGAUUGAAAAGACAGUUUUGUGUAUUCAAUUGUACAUUGCCAUCCAACGCAUCCAUCGACAAAAUUUUUGGUGUUAUAGCCUCUGGAUACUUUCAUGAAUGUAGAGAAUUCAGCCCUGAAGUAUGUGAACUGGUGGGAAAAUUGGUCCCAACAGGAAGAAUAUUGUGGCAGCGGACAAAGGCAAAGAUGUUACCCACACCAUCUAAAUUCCACUAUAUCUUCAACCUACGAGACCUUUCUAGAAUUUGGCAAGGAAUGUUAAAUAUAAAGGCAGAAGAAUGCGAAUCCAGCACUCGCCUUCUAAGACUUUUUAAACAUGAAUGUACCAGAGUAAUUGCUGACAGGUUUAAUACACCYGAAGAUUCAGCCUGGUUUGAAGUAACUAUUGAUAAAACAAUUGAGGAAUAUGUGGAUGCGGAUUUAAGUGAAGUUCUCCAAGCUGAACCGUAUUUUGUAGAUUUUUUACGGGAGGAGCCUGARCCAACUGGUGAAGAAGCAGAAGACAUGGACCUUGAAGCACCAAAAGUUUAUGAGGAGGUUCCGAGCUAUGAAAUUCUUUGUAAGAAAUUGCGGGGCUUUCAGACRCAAUACAAUGAAAACAUUAGAGGCUCAUUUCUUGAUUUGGUGUUCUUCAAGGAUGCAAUGACACAUCUUAUUAAGAUUUCCCGGAUUAUUCGGACAGCAUAUGGAAAUGCUUUACUUGUUGGAGUUGGUGGUUCUGGAAAACAAAGUCUUGCAAAGUUAGCCUCCUACAUUGCUGGCUAUAAAAUAUUUCAGAUCACUUUAACCAGAUCCUAUAAUGUAACCAAUCUGUCAGAUGAUUUAAAAGAAUUAUAUAGAAUAGCAGGACAGGAAGGACAAGGUAUCACCUUUAUUUUCACUGACAAUGAAAUAAAAGACGAGUCCUUUUUGGAAUAUGUAAACAAUCUGCUGUCUUCAGGAGAGAUUUCUAAUUUAUUUGCUCGGGAUGAAUUGGAUGAAAUCACCCAAGCAUUAGUAUCUGUGAUGAAAAAAGAGCUGCCUCGGCAUCCUCCUACCUUUGAUAACCUCUAUGAGUACUUCUUGGGACGGGCAAAGAAGAACUUGCAUGUUGUCCUCUGCUUUUCUCCAGUUGGAGAGAAGUUCCGUGCACGUUCUCUGAAAUUUCCUGGUCUGAUAUCAGGGUGCACUAUGGAUUGGUUCAGUCGAUGGCCCAAGGAAGCUCUUGUAGCUGUGUCCAACUAUUUUCUUUCAGGAUUUAAUAUUGUCUGCUCUCCAUCAGUUAAAGCAGAAAUAGUAGAAACUAUGGGUCUCUUUCAUGAUAUAGUUUCAGAAACCUGUGAGAAUUAUUUCCAAAGGUAUCGAAGAAGAACUUACGUAACACCGAAAUCUUAUCUCUCUUUCAUCAGUGGCUACAAAGAAGUUUAUUCUGAAAAGUUAGUCAGUAUAAAUGAACAAGCUGAACGUAUGCAAACUGGCCUGUCCAAGCUGCUGGAAGCCAGUGAAUCUGUUGUUCAACUCACUAAGGACUUGGCUAUCAAAGAGAAGGAACUGGCUGUGACAUCUGUUAAGGCAGACAAAGUACUAGAAGAAGUCAAAGAAAGUGCUGAAGCCGCAACUAAAAUAAAACUUGAAGUCCAGGAGGUGAAAGAUAAAGCGCAAAGAAUCGUAGAUGCAAUUGAUAUAGAAAAACAGGAAGCAGAGAAUAAACUGGAAGCAGCUAAACCAGCACUAGAAGAAGCAGAAGAAGCUCUGAAAACUAUCAAACCAGAGGAUAUUGCUACAGUUAGAAAACUUGCAAAACCUCCUCACCUGAUUAUGAGGAUCAUGGACUGUUGUCUGCUACUAUUUCAAAAGAAACUGGAUCAAGUUACCAUGGAUCCAGAAAAGCCUUGCUGCAAGCCAUCAUGGGGAGAAUCAUUAAAACUCAUGAGUGGCCCGUUCUUGAACAACCUACGGAACUUUGCCAGGGAUACAAUCAAUGACGAGACAGUAGAAUUAGUCCAGCCUUACUUUGAAAUGGAAGACUAUACACUGCAACAUGGUAAAAAGGUGUGUGGCAACGUGGCAGGACUCCUCUCUUGGACAAAAGCCAUGGUGGUAUUUUAUGGUGUUAACAGAGACGUCUUGCCUCUUAAGGCUAAUCUGGCAAAACAGGAAGCUCGCCUGAGAGUAGCUAAUGCUGAAAAGGAAAAGGCUCAGGCAGAAUUAGAUGAAAAGCAAGCUGAACUGGAUAAAGUGCAGGCAAAGUUUGAUGCAGCAAUGAAGGAGAAAAUGGACUUGGAGGAUGAUGCAGAAACAUGCAAAAGAAAGAUGCAAGCAGCCUCUGCGCUUAUAGAUGGACUGAGUGGAGAGAAGGUUAGGUGGACUCAGCAAAGCAAAGAAUUUAAAUCUAGAAUUAAAAGACUUGUAGGAGAUAUACUGCUCUGCACAGGCUUUCUUUCAUACUGUGGACCUUUUAAUCAGGACUUCAGGAACCUGUUGCUUAAAGACUUAUGGGAAACAGAGUUGAGAGUUCAUAAAAUCCCCUUUUCUGAAGAUUUGAACCUGAUUUCUAUGUUGGUAGAUCCAGCAACAAUUAGUGAGUGGAAUCUUCAGGGAUUGCCUGGAGAUCACCUCUCAAUUCAGAAUGGUAUCAUUGUCACUAAGGCAUCAAGAUAUCCACUUUUGGUAGACCCACAAACGCAAGGAAAAGAGUGGGUUAAAAAUAAAGAACAGGGUAAUGAAUUACAGGUAACAUCUCUGAAUGACAAGUAUUUCCGACAACAUCUAGAAGACAGUCUUUCACUAGGACGAUCACUCCUGAUUGAAGAUAUAGAUGAAGAUUUGGAUCCAGUCCUUGAUAAUGUAUUAGAAAAGAAUUUCAUGAAGUCUGGAACUGCUUUUAAGGUGAAAGUUGGUGAUAAGGAAGUAGAUGUUAUGAAUUCAUUUAGACUGUACAUUACUACAAAACUACCAAAUCCUGCUUUCACACCUGAAAUUAAUGCAAAAUCAUCAAUUAUUGAUUUUACUGUUACAAUGAAAGGACUUGAGAAUCAGUUACUGAGAAGAGUAAUACUUACUGAAAAGCAGGAACUAGAGGCAGAACGAAUUAAACUCAUGGAAGAUGUAACUUCUAAUAAGAGGAAGAUGAAUGAACUGGAAGACAAUCUUCUUUACAAACUAAGUGCAACCAAAGGUUCACUAGUGGAUGAUGAAUCCUUAAUUGGUGUACUGCAAAUAACUAAGCAAACAGCUGCUGAAAUAGCUGUCAAGUUGUCUGUGGCAGCAGAAACUGAAGUGAAGAUCAACACUGCCCAGGAGGAAUAUCGACCUGUUGCUACACGYGGAAGCAUUCUUUAUUUCCUUCUUACAGCAAUGAGCAUGGUCAAUAAUAUGUAUCAAACUUCACUGGCUCAGUUCUUGAAGCUGUUUGAUCAAUCCAUAGCCACAUCUAAGAAAUCUCCUGUGCCUCAGAAAAGAAUCUCAAAUAUUAUCGAACAUCUUACCUUUGAAAUUCACUCAUAUUCUGUUAGAGGCCUGCAUGAAAAUCACAAAUUCCUCUUCACCCUCCUCCUGGCUUUAAAAAUUGAUAUUGAGAGAGGACAYGUGGAAAACAGAGAGUUCCAAACUCUCAUUAGAGGAGGUGCAGCUUUGGAUCUACAGGCUUGCCCACCAAAACCAUCCCGCUGGAUUCUUGACAUGACAUGGCUAAACCUGGUGGAGUUGAGCAAACUUCCACAGUUUGAAGAAAUUUUGGACCAGAUAGCCCAAAGUGAUAGACAAUGGAAAAACUGGUUUGAUAAAGAUGCCCCUGAGGARGAAACUAUACCUAAUGGAUACAGUGAUACCCUCGACACAUUUCGCAAGCUUUUACUCAUCAGGUCUUGGUGUCCAGACCGAACACUUUCCCAAGCCAGGAAAUAUAUUGCAAGUUCCUUGCAUGAGAAAUAUACAGAGCCAGUUAUUUUGAAUUUAAGAAAAACUUGGGAAGAAAGUGACAUGCGAACGCCUCUCAUCUGUUUCUUGUCUAUGGGAUCAGAUCCAACUGACCAGAUUGACUCCUUGUCUAGGAAACUUAAUUUGGAAUGUAGGACCAUCUCUAUGGGCCAAGGACAAGAGGUUCAUGCACGCAAACUCAUAGAAGUUUCAAUGGAACAGGGAGGCUGGGUAUUACUUCAGAAUUGUCACCUUGGACUGGAUUUCAUGGAGGAACUACUGGAGACAAUUCUUACCGCUGAGAUCCCGAAUGACACAUUCCGAGUUUGGAUAACUACUGAACAACAUCCUAAAUUCUCAAUCACACUGCUACAGAUUGCUAUAAAGUUCACAAAUGAACCUCCACAAGGAAUACGUGCUGGAUUGAAAAGAACAUUUUCUUCAAUAAGCCAGGAUAUGUUAAAUGUUAGCAACCUGCCKAUGUGGAAACCUUUGCUUUACACUGUAGCUUUCCUGCAUUCAACUGUUCAGGAGCGACGCAAGUUUGGACCUUUGGGUUGGAAUAUUCCCUAUGAAUUUAACUCAGCAGACUUUACAGCCAGUAUUCAGUUUAUACAAAAUCACCUAAAAAAAAUUGACAUCAAGAAGGGGAUAUCGUGGAACACAGUACGCUACAUGAUUGGAGAAGUGCAGUAUGGAGGCCGAGUCACAGAUGACUAUGAUAAGCGUCUUCUUAAUUGYUUUGCAAGGGUAUGGUUUAAUGAAAACAUGUUUGAGAGCUCUUUCUGCUUCUAUACUGGAUAUCAAAUUCCAGUGUGCAAAACCCUGGAACAGUACUUUGAUUACAUCCAGUUACUCCCUGCCAUGGACACCCCAGAGGUGUUUGGUCUCCAUCCUAAUGCUGAUAUUACAUACCAAAAAAAUACAUCGGCUGAUGUUCUAGAUACUAUUACCAAUAUUCAGCCUAAAGAAAGUGGUGGAGGAACUGGAGAAACUCGUGAAGCAGUCGUUUAUCGUUCAGCUGAAGACAUGCUAGAGAAACUUCCUCCUGAUUACGUACCUCAUGAGGUAAAGGCUCGUUUAGUUAAAAUGGGAGCACUUAAUUCCAUGAAUAUUUUCCUUCGUCAAGAAAUUGACCGCAUGCAGAGGGUGAUCACCAUUGUCCGCACCAGUCUGAUUGAUCUGAAAUUGGCCAUAGAUGGAACUAUUGUUAUGAGUGAGAAUUUAAGAGAUGCACUUGAUAACAUGUAUGAUGCUCGAAUCCCUCAAGUAUGGAAAAGAGUAUCUUGGGAGUCUUCCACACUUGGCUUCUGGUUUACUGAACUUUUGGAUAGAAAUGCUCAAUUAUUUGCAUGGAUAUUUCAAGGAAGACCAAGGGUAUUUUGGAUCACUGGAUUCUUUAAUCCRCAAGGAUUCCUGACAGCAAUGAAACAAGAAGCCACUCGAGCACAUAAAGACUGGGCUUUAGAUAAAGUUGCAGUACAUAAUGAAGUGCUAAAGCUAAACAGAGAAGAAAUCACAUCAUCACCUUCUGAAGGAGUAUAUAUCUACGGGCUCUACCUGGAAGGUGCAGGCUGGGACAAACGAAGAAGCAUACUUGUUGAGUCUUCACCAAAGAUUCUCUUUGUCCAGCURCCUGUGCUCCAUAUGUAUGCUGUUGAUUCAAGCAGACCUAGGGAUUCCAAACUCUAUGUUUGUCCUCUUUACAAAAAGCCCAAGAGGACAGAUUUGAACUUUAUUACAGAGAUCUAUUUGAAGACAGCAAAGUCUCCAGACCACUGGAUUCUUAGAGGAGUGGCUCUUCUGUGUGACAUCAAGUAAGCUGCUUUUCCUACUAUGGCAGAAGGGAAAUGUA